AUGUCAUCAAUACAGUCAUCCCUAAUUGCGAAUCUGCUCCCUUCUCUACUCUCCACCGUCUCUCAGUCCGGAUCACCCGCACUCGCUGCUACCUCCAUCCACCAACUAUUCGCGGCGCCAUCAAAUUCGACUGCGGGAACGCCGGGUAAUAACGAUGGCAAUGACGGAGGAAAUAUCCAUGAAUGGUCAUCGCUGAUCGGCAUCAUCACGGCUCUCUGCGGAAAUGUUUUGAUUUCAUUAGCCCUCAACAUCCAACGCUACGCGCAUAUUCGAAUCGGAAGAGAAUGGGAGCAGGAUAAGAGCCGGAAUGGUAUAAGUGGCGGAAAUGGUAUGUCUGUUGAGCGGAGAGGAAGGUCUCGGGAUCGAUACCGCGACUUUGAGCAGGAUGAGUUCCGCCCGUAUCGCGAUGAGGAGGGCGAUGAUACUGAAGGGCGAGGCGGCGGUUCGAGCUCGCGGGGCACCAGCACCGGAAGCAAGGAUGCAUAUAACGGCAAUCGUAAAUCGUACCUGAAGUCUCCGUACUGGUGGGUUGGGAUUGUGCUGAUGGUUGUGGGCGAAAUGGGCAAUUUCAUGGCCUAUGGCUUUGCGCCGGCUUCGAUCGUCUCACCUUUGGGGGUCGUGGCUUUGAUUUCUAAUUGCAUUAUUGCCCCGUGCUUGCUCAAGGAGAAGUUCCGGAAGCGCGACUUUUGGGGCGUGCUUGUCGCUAUCGCUGGUGCCGUCGUCGUUGUUCUCAGUGCUCCGUCCUCUGAAGAACAACUUGGGCCUCACGAGAUCUGGGUGAAUAUCACGCGCUGGGAAUUCGAACUCUACCUCGGAUUGACCACAUCUCUGAUUAUUGGUCUCAUCUGGGCAAGUCACCGAUAUGGCGCGCGAUCAAUCCUGAUUGACGUUGGGCUUGUUGCAUUAUUUGGCGGAUAUACAGCCCUGUCUACGAAGGGUGUAUCCACACUCCUAUCUGGCACAUUAUGGCACAUUAUCACAUUCCCCAUCACCUAUCUUCUUGUCUUCGUCCUUGUGUUCAGCGCAUUGAUGCAAAUUCGUUACAUCAAUCGUGCGCUGCAACGCUUUGAUUCUACCCAGGUGAUCCCGACACAGUUCGUUCUCUUUACUCUUGCUGUUAUUGUUGGAAGUGCGAUCCUAUACCGUGAUUUCGAAUCGGUAACAGCCGUGCGCGCAACAAAGUUCGUUGGGGGUUGUCUGUUGACUUUCCUUGGUGUUUACUUUAUUACGAGUGGCAGAAUACGGGCCGAUGACGAGUCCUCGUACUCAUCUGAAGAUGAGGAGGGUUCCAUUGGUUUACUCAAUGGCGAAAGAUAUCGUGACAGGAUUGAUCUGUCUCCCCCCGUCAUCAUAUCGAAGGGGCGGAUGAUGAUGGGACGACUCCCCCGGGGAGUUCUUUCCGCUGCGCCCUCUUCACCUCAUGGGUCUUUGACCGACGAGUCUCCUCUAUCUCCUCCGUCGUUUGACUACACUUCGCCAUUGCGACCCCCGUCUCGCAUGUCUAACCCAUGGGCAGACCUUCAUGACCAAGACACCCAGACCACUAAUCCAGACAUCCGCCCUGUCACCCCACCCGGGCAGGAGGAUGACUCCGCUCAAGCCUCCACAGUCCUCCUGCGAUUCCCUCCUGCCCCAGGCCUGGAAGAAACGUCAGGGACCGAUGGUAACGCCGGUACUUCGCGACGUGCCUCAACCCCGAAUCUUCUCAAUCAGGCCACCUACCCUGGUCGCAAUGAAGCUCCUCUCGAGUCACCGUCACGACGAGCUUUGCGCAACUCUAUCUCCCAUCGCUUCUCUCCCGGGCCUCUUCUACCUAGUAUCUCAGGUGGCUUUUCCGCAGUGGUCGCCGACUCCAUCCGACGUGGUGAUGGCAGCCCUCUCAAGGAUCGUCCGAGACGAAAGUUAGGACGCCGGCGCCAACUUGAUGGUGCUUUUGUAGAGCCAUCUAACACAGAUAGAAACGGGGACACCUCGCUUUCCCUUGCAGCUGCUCGCCUGCAGUCUGCUACCAACCCAGAUGACAGACGUUUGGAGGCUGGCCGCUCGGCCAGGGCUCUUGCGACAGCAACCAUCAAUGAUCCAACGCAGCCCACCGACGAGGAGGUCACCCGUAUGCGCAGUCUGAGUGACUCGUGGAGUGGUGGGCUUGCGUGGCUGGGCGGUGCUCUACGCAGAGCCCAGAACAUCAAGCCCGCUGACAGUGUUGCUGCCACAGCAACUCCAACACCAGACAAUGAGAGGCAACCUGAAGCAAGCAGCACUUCAGGUGGAGAUGCUGACGCCGAGACCGAAGCUCGGCGAUAA